CUAGUCGGGUGCAGAGCCAGUGUGAACGCCAGGGUGUCGCGCUCUCUCGUCUGAGUGACUGGGACUGUUGGCUCGUCGCGUCUCGGUAACUUUCUCCCGCACGCGAUCGCCUUCUCCUCCUCCUCCUCACCAUCGCUCCUGAGGACGUGAGCGGCGGAAUCCUUGCAAUUGAUAAUGCAAUGGUUUCUGCGUGCUUACUUCAAAGAGGUGAUGUGAGCUGAUCCGAAAAAUAGGGCUCCUUGUGGAGUCAGCAAGCUUAUUUCUACAUGUGAUACUCAAACAAAUCGUUCAGAAGCCUUCUAAUGAAAAUUAACUUGGCGUCGGUAAAAUUUUUGAUCUAUUACUAUGAUUUUCAGUUUUUUUCCUCGGUAUGUGCAGAAAAAUUUGUCCGCAAAUCGGAUUAUUGUAGCAGUGAGUUAAUUUUUAAUUUCCACUUCCAUGACAGGCUUCGAUAUCUACCACAGCAAACAAAUUAAAAAAUAAAAACUUCUUAAGUGUCUAUAUUAAGUUGGCCGAUUAUACUCUGAGAGAAACUGUAACUUUAUAAAAUUUUACUGAAGCAGAGUACAAUAAAAUCAACGGAUGAGCCCAAUAUUGGAACGUUAAUAAGAUUUGUAGAUAAUUUACAAUCGGUAUUUUUUCAUCUAAAAUUAAUAUAGUUGGGAGUGUUGAAACAGUGCAAUUACUGCUAAAAACGUUCAACUGGUGGUUGUGAUGUCUAAAAAAAAUUAAGAAAAGAAAUAUAAUAAAUUGGAAAGCACUAUGAAUGUGCUUGAUCAAGUUGUAGAGCCAGAAUGACUUUAAAAGCGAAAGCUCCUUGACAUGGAAGGUCUUAUUCAAUCUUGAAACAAGACGAAGAAUGAAGAGGAAGACAUGAGAGAAUUAACCUUGAGCAGACUUCUUGCGCGGGAGCAGAAAAUACUUUGGAUUAACAGAGAGGAAGAAACUCGGGUUCCAUCAUCUCGGGAAGAUCUACGCCACUAGGACACUUCAGCCACUUCUCCGAGGGGCGUGACGUCCUCCAAGAACACUUCCAACUUCUCUCCUGCAGGACAUCUAGGAGGGAUCCUUCGUCGUUAUUUCAUACCUAUUUACCUCUUGCUAUUUAAAGGGAUAUCAGUUCACAUUUCACAUUACUUUCAAUGAAACGCGAGACAAUCUUACUUGUGAUCAAAGAAAAUAAUAACAAUUCAAUUCACAUUUUCAACGAGACAAUCAUGUGAUAAAAGUAAAUUACUAUGAGCGCAAGUAUUCCAUUCAGUAAUAGAUGAAUCUCACUUGAGAUCAAGUUUUAACAUACGUCCAAAUCAUUUAGGAAUAAUUGCAUUUGUAUAAUAGAUCCCAGCAGCCGGGUGUCGUCUAAAAUAGGAGCCAGAUCUAUUUCAGUUAUCAAUGCAUUACCCGUUCAUUACUUGAGUGCUUCUUAUCAUGUUGACUUGUGAAACUAUUGACAUGGCACAUGGCAUAAUCACAUGUUACACUUGCGCAGUUAUGUUUCAAUGAGGAUGAUACCUCGUGCGUCGCAACUAGCUUAUAAAAUCUGCAGUUCAUUCUGAUAAAAUUCAGAGGCAAAAAGAUGCUUGGCAAGUCGUAAAAGAGGGAGAUUGGUGGUCGUCUAAAACCAUGGCAACGACUCGGAAGAGGAAACACAAACGAACAGGAGAAAUGUGAUAAAAACAAAGGGGAGAAAAGGAAGGAUUACAGAAGGCAAACAAACAAUCCUUGAAUAGUGAAUCAUAGAUUAUCAUUCUCUUCUUUUUUUUUUCUUCGCUAAAAAGUGGCUAGUAAGUAACCUAUAAUGGAAUUCAAAAGUCAAUCAUAUAAUAUUUGCCUUUUAUAGGUAGUGUAUAUCGUAAAAUGACCAAUAAGUUCGUCAAUGGUAUUUUGUCAAAGGAGCAGAAAUGGCCAGGACCAUAUUCGUAACGAGUGAAUCGUAGAUCAUUAAAUUUCUUUAUCGCAAAGUGUUUAGUGAACUGAGCGAGCGCUAUGGCAGAGGACGAGACUUACAAAUUCGUCCUGAUGAGCUUACUGCCCAAUGACACCAAUAACCACUAUUACGACAUAUCACUGCCCCGAAUGGACGGCGUCCAGUCGCAGACCUUCGACAGCGGAGGGCACGUCGGGGCGUCCCCGACGCCCUUGCCCGCCGCUCCCACAACAACCGUAACUCCCCCAGAGGACCAAGCUGUCAGCGAAUGCUACUGGUCCACCUCCGAAAACUCCUCGUCGGACCCCGACUUCGCAUUCCACUGCAGGGACGCAAUAGAGACCCUGGCCUCGAACGUGACCUGCUGGAUCACGAGUCUCGGCGACUGCGAGAUGCAGCCUCCUCUUCCUGCAGCAGAAGGGCCGGCGGCGGCCAAUACGACCCUCCCGCCAGGGGCGGAGGAGGGACCGCUAGGCGGGAUCCGGGCGUGUCUCUCCUGCUCGAGGGACAACGUCACGACCGGAUCCUGGGGUCUCAGGUUUAAUUCUUCUUCUUCUUCUUCGUCGAGCGCGCUCGACUCCAUCCUCACCUUCGGCACCGAACUCUUAUGUUCGUUCGGCUCGUCAGCUCCGUGUGAUAACUCAUCGCCUUCUUCGUUGUCAUCCUCAUUAUCAUUACCGUCAUCGACAUCAUCACCGCUCGCCUCCGCGUCGCCGCCUUCCUCAUCGAUAUUCUGUCCUUCUCUGCCCGCAACAUCGAUUCAUCUCCUCCAGUGCCACGUGCCCGACCUCCUGCAAGGCUCCCAGAAUGCCUCGGCGGGGCGGGACGACCUGCUGAUGAGCGCCAACGUCACGACCGCGGUCGACCAAUACAACUACGACUUCUCCUUCCUCUUCCUGGCGAUGUUCAUCCUGGCGGGAGGCAUAGGGAACAUCCUGGUCUGCUUGGCGAUAUGCUUAGAGAGGCGCCUUCACAACGUAACCAACUACUUCCUGAUGUCCUUAGCCGUAGCAGACCUGUUGGUGUCUUUGGUCGUCAUGCCCUUUGGAGCAAUUGCUGGAUUCCUAGGCUACUGGCCAUUCGGAGUCGUUUGGUGCAACAUCUACGUCACGUGUGAUGUACUUGCCUGUACAUCCAGCAUCAUGCAUAUGUGCACAAUAUCUCUGGGAAGGUACCUGGGAAUCCGUAAUCCGCUCAAGACGCGCAGUAGUAGUAAAAAGACGGUGGGAAUCAAGGUGGUCCUGGUGUGGCUGCUGGCAAUGCUCAUCACCUCCAUCAUCACGGUCCUGGGCAUCGUGGACACGACCAACAUCAUGCCCGCCGACUACGUCUGCACCAUCAACAACCAGACGUUCUUCAUCUUCGGGUCCCUCUGCGCCUUCUACAUUCCAAUGGUCAUUAUGGUGGUCAGCUACGCCCUCACCGUCCACCUCCUCCGAAAGAAGGCCAAAUUCGCCAGCGACGCCCCCGCAGGGAAGGCCCGAACGAUGGGGCGUUACCGCUCCGUCAGGAGGAAACCCCAGCAGCAGCAGACGCAUUCCUUCACCUUCACGCCGAGGACCUCCUACAGAGGGACUUACGCCAACGGACACGCCACUCAUUACGAGUUCUCCAACAUCCACAAGUGCGAGCAGGCGACGCAGACGCCGGAGUCCAUCGCCCGAGAGACGAGAAACUUCAAGCUGAAAGCCCUCAGGUUGCAGCUGGUGGGCACCGCUGCCUGGCAUCUGCGCUUCCUCCCUACGAGGAAGAGGGACGCCCUGGCGGCGAACGCCGUCGCGAACGAACAGAAGGCGUCCAAGGUGUUGGGGUUGGUCUUCUUCGCUUUCGUCAUCUGCUGGACGCCCUUCUUCCUCCUGAAUAUCUACUUCGCCGCCUGCCCGGACUGCCAAGUGUCGGACCACCUCGCCAACGUCUGCCUCUGGCUGGGGUACGUCUCGUCCACCAUCAACCCCAUCAUCUACACCAUCUUCAACAAGACGUUCAAGGCGGCGUUCAUCAAGAUCCUCAAGUGCGACUACAACUUCGACCACAGACACGUUCGGUCGCACUCGAUGUCCGACAACAUGCCAGGGCCUUACACCACGGGAGGGCCGGCGCCUUCCACGGUGGCGACGCCCUGCUCCAUAAGGACGCUCUCGACCUACGUCAAGAGUCCCAGCUACCAGCACGCGCUGACUAGCCCAGAGCAGGAGCAGGAACACGAGUGCUGACCACAAACGACCACUCGAGACACAAAACCGGUCCUAGGUCAGAUGCCCCGCUGCUUCUGAGCGAAUAGUGGAAGACAGUAUUAGAUAGGAAACGCCAUUCAAAUCAUUUUCUCAUUUCGUGAAACCUCGUUGCCUUCAUGACGAACGUACUACUUGAAACUGAUGAAGCGCACAAAUGUGUAAGUGUAAUAGCGGUAGUACUGCAGGUUUUUAGAUUGUCCAAGAAUCUGCAGUCAUUAUCCAUGUCUCUAUCAUUCUUUAUUACUGUGGUGAAGACAAAGCGACAGAAUGCAGGUAUGAAGUAUUUUUGGAAAUAACGAUAGCAGGAAAUAAUUUUGUUUAGAAAUAUUUAGUCUUCCAACGAAUUUGAUGAACAUCCAUAUAUGAAAAAAAAUUAAGUGUACACCAUAUUCUGUUUUCUACCGUGUUUACGAAAAUAAUGGACAGAAAAGGAAAACAUGAUGAAGACAGAGAACAAAACUCACAAGAAAUAUUAGGCAUGCAUGGACUAUGAGUGGAUAAAAGACAAUGAAAAGCGAUGAAAAGCAAUAUAAUGAAUACUGAACUUUUACAGAAAUGAUUUAUAAAUUUACUUCAUCAUUACUGCUAACCACUGCAAAACAAACGACCAUAAUAUGCUGCAUACUUCAGUAAAAAAAUAAAUCCAAAAAUAAAAGUCCGCCAUGGUUACAUUACCUUCAUCCAACAGGUAAAACUCCUAAGUACUUCGUUUCUCUGGUGACAAUUCACGUUCAGAAACUUUGAAUGAGAACCAGUCAAAAACCAAAUGUAUUACAAUACAGUGUAUUUUUUUUUUAUCUUUCCUGAAUUAUUGCAGGGAAGUAAAGACGCUACUUUAAAAUGCAGAAGAGAAAACAAGCCCCGGUGUUUACAAAUUGAAUUAAACCCGAUAAAACAUCACCUAAAGUUUUCUACUUACACAGAUGGCUAGUACGAUGUAUAUUUCCCUAAUUUGUUUAUGUAAGUGAGAACAAGAAGCUUUCAACCGAUUGUAGCCAGUCCUGCAUUUCAGGAAACAAGCGACCACCUUGUCAUAUUACAAGCGGUGCCGAUAGACAUUUAAAAUAAACUUUCUUAUCAUAUCACGUUGCUAUCCAUAUGUGUCUGAUACUGUAAAUAUGUGUCAUAUGUUAUCAUUCCUAAACUAUGUGUAUAUAUAUAGAGAGAGAGAGCAUUUAUAACAAACUGCCAUAUUAUAUGUGUAUAUACCGUAUACGUGAGUGUCCAUUUCUUCGUUGAGAUGCGUUAAUUUGUAAGAAAUCUGUAAUAGAAAGGAACACCAUUCCUAUCACGCAAGCACAAAGAGAGUAAGUCAUUUGUAGUCCGAUAAUUAAUCGCUAUCUAGUCAUUUGUACUUGAACCGCGAGAAAGGUUAACUUUUUGGGACUAUUUGCAACUUAGAGACUUACUUCAAACCUGAAACUCACACUUAGAAAGUGAAACAAGGAGAACCUAUACUCAUUUCUAAUUUUUGGCUACUUGAAUAAAUAGGGAUUUUUCUACUGUGCGUUCGACUUGCUUUUGAACAGUGUAGAAUCUCGGUAGACAGACACUGUUCGGCGCAUGCAGGCACUCUGUCAAACCAGCGGGGAUAUAUAAACAGAAUUUGUACAUAAGAGCGAGAUUUGGUCUUCUCCGCGUUAGGACGCCACAAAUAGUUUUACGAAAUGAAUGUCCGGUAGGUGAUGAAAGAGAACGUAUUUUCUACUCCGUAACCUUAACACUUGUAUGAUCAUCAUCCCACUCGGUCAGACUAGAACAACCAUUAGCUCGACAGUGCUACUAUGUACCUCUUCAUUGUCCCGAAAUCUGUGUGGGUCCUUACGGCUUCAUGUGACACCGAGCACACUUGGAAAGUGUUUCUUGUUUUGGUGUCCCGUUUCGAAAGGUUUUAUUUGUUCAUACUCACGAACGCGUCACACGGAGACGUUUUCUGGAAGGCAGCAUCUUGCCGCCAAACUGUGAACCAAUUGGCCAAUGUUUAUCUGCACUGGGGGCACAACUGAAGGAGUGAAUGUCCGUUAAGACGUUUUCACAGUAGCAGAAACUUUAAUUCUGCCCCCAGCAGAGGCUCCUCGGUGGAAUGUUCUACGGCAAGAUGCUAAAAAACAUGCUGGAAAACGUGUUUGUUUGACGGUGCUUUUAGUUACAGUUUUGCUCAAAGACGCGUUAUUUCCUGCGAUCUUCCUCGAAAAUACUUUUCCCAUUAUAAAAGCCAGUUUGAUUACAUAGGCAAACACAAAUAAAUCGCUGCAUAACUAUAUCCAAGGCACAUUUAACUCCCCUCACAAGCAUCUGUAAUGACUGUCAUCUCAGCACCAGUCCAUUCAUUCCACACUUCUGCACUUUCAUCUGUUAAAUUUCAGAGCGGUGAUGCCAUCUUCAUUUCACAUCGGUAUUGCCAGUUUAACAUUUUCAUUUCACACCAUUUGCGUCAUUUCCCUAUUUUACUUCUUUCUCUAUCUUACUAAAUAUCAGCUCAUUUGAUGUCAUUCUAACAUUUAUUUCACAUCACAAAUAUCAUUCUGCCAUUUAUAUUUCAUUAUCAUGAUGUCAUUGAUAUCAUCAAUACCAUUUUUCUACUUUCAUAUACAUAUCAUCUUACUUUUUCGUUCCACACUAAAAAUUUUCGUCCUAAACCAUAAAUAAAAUUCUCACACGAACAAUAACGUUUUCUAUCUCCAUCUUUAAUCUUUACAAGAUCAUUAUUUUAUAUUUUGCAUUUCACACCAACAAUACCGUUACACUUUAACCUUCUGUAAGCAAACCUAAUUUAGGUUACCAUUCAGUUGAAGUGAUACACGCAAUCUAUUGGUGAAUAUUAUCACUAUCCAUUCUCUAAUAUGCUUCACAAUUUUCUUCCACAUCAUCUGUAUCGUUUUCAUACCUAAUUCAGGGGGUUAACAUAAUUUUAUCCCGGCAUGUCAGAUCAUUAACAUAAUGUGCACUUUGAAUUCCACGUUUAAUUCUCUUUAUCAUCACAAGUCAUCGGUCAUUUUUGGAUUUUCAGUUCACAAGAACAAUUUCAGGGCUACAUUUCCCCUCAUAUGUCUUAUGAUUACUAUCAAAGAAUGGUUAAUAGCAAGUUGACAUAAUAUGAGUUAAAUCAAUGACUUCACUUUAGAAUGAUUGCUUAAACUUCCAUUUCUUACCAGUUACAUCAACGAUGCCUUACUUGUCACAACACUGAUAGCACUGGCGCAUCGUACUUCACACCAGUCACAUCAACACAUAACUCUCAUUCCAUGUAAUCAACGUCUUUCAUUGCAAUCAUAUCGCAUCAGUAUCAUGACCCAUUUUCUAACAUUUUCCUAAUGAAAUGUCACCUGUCAUUCAUUCCACUUCAUUACCGUCAUUAAUAUCUACUGUUUCACUAAAGUGAUGUCAUUAAUCCUUCCGCAACAUAUCAGGGACAUUACUCACCGCUUCAUUUUCAUGCUACUGAUAUCAGCCAGUCUUUAUAUUUCAUAAAAUUAUGACUGUUUCAUUCACUUCAUAUUAGUCUUAUUAUUAGCGCCUCCCAUUCAAGUUUCGUGAAUCAUAAACGUCAUCAACUACAAUUUCCUGUCAAUUUCAACUUCACAGUAUCACGAAAAUACCUUUAUUUUCCGUUAAGUAAAAUCGAUAUCGCCAUGAAUUUCAAUGUCGUAUCUUCACUAACAUCAAUUUCACUCCCUUAACGUCACUAACGCCUUCAAUUCCAGAUUCCUUCAAUCAACAACGCCAUCAAUCUUAAUUUCGUAUCUAUUUGAAUUUCGUAACAUCCCUAACAUCCUCUAAAUCACUUCGUGAACAACACCAAAAAUAACACCUACUUCAUAGCAUUACCAUUAAUGAUGUCUCGCACUACCCAUAUUCGAUAUCAUCUGACAUUUUCAUAUGCACGAGUCCUCCUAUCCUUCAAUCAUUCAAUUUAAGGUAACCAACAUCGUGUCUAUAAAUUUGGCAUCAUUCAUAUAAGUUAAUCCUUUCACUGAUUUUAGCAAAUAUCAUCUAUGCCUUAGACUUCAUACAAGGAUUCUUCACUGCAGAAUAGCAAUAUAUUCCUCCUUGCAUUUUAUAACACUGCAAUAACUGAAUGUUUUCAUUUGGCAUUAGUAAAAUUACUCAUUCCUUUAGUUUAUUUAUACUACAAAAAAACUAAUUAAUUGCAAUGCACAUAUGUACUAACACACAUUCAUUCAACUCAUGCCGAUACUUCAUACCACCUACAUCACCAACACCUUCCUAAUGCCAGGUGUCAAUCGCUCAUUCCAAUAGCCAUGACAUCACUAACUGCUUCUGUAUCAUAUUCCUACUAGUACUACUAUCAUAUAGUAUUAUCGCUCAUUACCAUGAAAAACGUGCUAGCGAACAUUGCCCUUCCCAUAAAUAACAUCACGAACUCAGUAACUACCCACUGAAUAAUACCGUAAAUUCUACUUGACAAUAACAUUACUGUCUUUCCAGUGAAGUACUCGGUAGUCACAUCCUUUUCAUCUCACCAUUAUCUACUAUUUUAUUCACAGCUAAACCACCACUUUCCUUUACGUCAGCCAUAUUUCAUAUACCCUCCACUUUAUGUUGGUCAUAUAAAUACCGCCGCAUUUCAUAUGAAUGACAUUCAUUAUAUAUUCCUUUUGUCUAUCAUUAAUGGCUACUCCACUUCUUAAUUUCCACAUCACCAGCACCGAUUUCUCCAUUUCAUUGAACGUCACGGUCAGGUCUUAUUCUUCCAUUUUCACAUUAUCAACAACAUUUCUCCUCGGCCGUUUCAUCUACAUCACACUUAUGUCAGGUCUCAUUUCCACAAUGUCCUACACCCUCCGGUUUCGCAUCAUUAGCACCUACUAAAUCUUAAUUUUUCAAAUUAUCAACACUCAUUGGUACAGUAAAUACUCAGCGGCAUUAACAAUCCACAUCCACCUUCGCUUCAUAAACAACACACUGGACACUUUCCCCAAAAUUGGAAGAGUCUAUUACCUCGAUUUUAUACACCCAGCACCCUUCGAUUCGACUUAUUUAUCACGACGGUGUCACGCAACUCCAUUUUCUGGCAUUUUUGCCAUCUCGA